CGCAGGCUGACAAGCAAAAGGACUGACUUCCCUUCCCCGGGCAUCCUCCCUGGGCUGCCGGGAGGCGGCGGCGGCGGAGGAGGAGGAGGAAAAGGGGAAGAAGGCAGAGAGCAGGAACGCGAGGAGGUGGACCUGGAUCCGUUUCUCCCGACCAGGACCCGAGCGGCCCCAGCUACCGCCACCCGCCGGCGCCGUCCCCUAUCCAUCAGCCCCCCUGCGCCCACCCGCGACCCCGCGCUCCCUGCGCGUCGGGCCGGGGCCGGAGCUGCGCGGCCGCAGACCAUCUGGCUUCCUGGUGAUGCUCAUGCUUUGUUAAGUGUCGGUGGUCAUCGAGGUUUUUACAUCCUGGGGACUAAUCCAGAACUUGCCAGAGACGGGCGGCGCGAGGUCCGGGCUCUGUUUCCCUGUGUGAAGCCUCCGCGGCCCACCGAGAUGUCCCGGCACCACAGCCGCUUCGAGAGAGAUUACCGGGUGGGCUGGGACCGCCGCGAGUGGAGCGUCAACGGGACACAUGGGACCACCAGCAUCUGCAGUGUCACCUCAGGGGCCGGUGGUGGUACAGCCAGCAGCCUCAGCGCCCGGCCCGGCCUCCUGCCACUGCCCGUGGUGCCCUCCCGGCUGCCCACACCUGCCACAGCCCCUGCUCCCUGCACCACCGGUAGCAGCGAGGCCAUCACCAGCCUCGUGGCCAGCUCUGCCUCCGCGGUCACCACCAAGGCUCCUGGCAUCUCCAAAGCGGACAGUCAGUCCCAGGGACUCGCGACCAGCAUCCGGUGGGGGCAGACGCCCAUCAAUCAAUCCACACCCUGGGACACUGAUGAGCCGCCCUCCAAACAGAUGAGGGAGAGCGACAACCCAGGCACAGGGCCAUGGGUGACCACGGUGGCCGCCGGGAGCCAGCCCGCCCUGAUCGCACACUCCUAUGGAGUGGCCCAGCCUCCCACCUUCAGCCCAGCUGUGAACGUCCAGGCCCCGGUCAUUGGGGUGACCCCCUCACUGCCCCCCCACGUGGGGCCCCAGCUCCCGCUGAUGCCGGGCCACUACUCGCUCCCACAGCCGCCCUCUCAGCCGCUGAGCAGCGUGGUGGUCAACAUGCCUGCCCAGGCCCUCUACGCCAGCCCUCAGCCCCUGGCCGUGUCCACACUGCCCGGCGUGGGGCAGGUGGCUCGCCCAGGACCCACCGCUGUGGGCAACGGUCACAUGGCAGGGCCCCUGCUGCCUCCACCGCCGCCAGCCCAGCCGUCUGCCACUCUCCCCAGCGGUGCCCCUGCCACCAAUGGGCCCCCCACCGCCGACUCGGCCCACGGGCUGCAGAUGCUGCGGACCAUUGGCGUGGGGAAGUAUGAGUUCACCGACCCGGGGCACCCCAAAGAAAUGUUGAAGGAAUUGAACCAGCAGCGCAGAGCGAAAGCCUUUACAGACCUGAAAAUUGUUGUUGAAGGCAGAGAGUUUGAAGUCCACCAAAAUGUUCUAGCUUCCUGCAGCUUGUAUUUCAAGGACCUGAUUCAAAGGUCCGUGCAGGACGGCAGCCAGGGCGGCCGGGAGAAGCUGGAGCUCGUGCUGUCGAAUCUGCAGGCCGACGUCCUAGAGCUGCUGCUGGAGUUCGUCUACACGGGCUCCUUGGUCAUCGACUCGGCCAACGCCAAGACUCUGCUGGAGGCGGCCAGCAAGUUCCAGUUCCACACCUUCUGCAAAGUCUGCGUGUCCUUCCUUGAGAAGCAGCUGACCGCCAGCAACUGCCUGGGGGUGCUGGCCAUGGCCGAGGCCAUGCAGUGCAGCGAGCUCUACCACAUGGCCAAGGCCUUCGCGCUGCAGAUCUUCCCCGAGGUGGCGGCCCAGGAGGAGAUCCUCAGCAUCUCCAAGGACGACUUCAUCGCCUACGUCUCCAAUGACAGCCUCAACACCAAGGCCGAGGAGCUGGUGUACGAGACGGUCAUCAAGUGGAUCAAGAAGGACCCCACCGCGCGUGCACAGUACGCCGCCGAGCUCCUGGCCGUCGUCCGCCUCCCCUUCAUCCACCCCAGCUACCUGCUCAAUGUGGUUGACAACGAGGAGCUGAUCAAGUCAUCGGAAGCCUGCCGCGACCUGGUCAACGAGGCCAAACGCUACCAUAUGCUGCCCCAUGCCCGCCAGGAGAUGCAGACGCCCCGAACCCGGCCCCGCCUCUCGGCAGGUGUGGCCGAGGUCAUCGUUCUGGUGGGGGGCCGUCAGAUGGUGGGGAUGACCCAGCGCUCGCUGGUGGCCGUCACCUGCUGGAACCCGCAGAACAACAAGUGGUACCCCUUGGCCUCACUGCCUUUCUACGACCGCGAGCUCUUCAGCGUAGUGAGUGCCGGGGACAACAUCUACCUCUCAGGUGGGAUGGAAUCGGGGGUGACGCUGGCUGACGUCUGGUGCUACAUGUCGCUGCUCGAUAACUGGAACCUCGUCUCCAGAAUGACAGUGCCUCGCUGCCGGCAUAAUAGCCUGGUCUACGAUGGGAAGAUUUACACCCUUGGGGGACUAGGCGUGGCGGGCAACGUGGACCACGUGGAGAGGUAUGACACCAUCACCAACCAGUGGGAGGCAGUGGCCCCUCUGCCCAAGGCAGUGCACUCGGCAGCCGCCACGGUGUGCGGAGGCAAGAUCUACGUGUUCGGGGGCGUGAACGAGGCGGGCCGGGCCGCGGGUGUCCUCCAGUCCUACGUCCCGCAGACCAACACGUGGAGCUUCAUCGAGUCCCCCAUGAUCGACAACAAGCCCGCCCCCGCCGUCACCCUCAACGGAUUCGUCUUCAUCCUGGGCGGGGCGUACGCCAGAGCCACCACCAUCUACGACCCUGAAAAGGGGAACAUCAAGGCGGGCCCCAACAUGAAUCACUCUCGCCAGUUCUGCAGUGCCGUGGUGCUCGAUGGCAAGAUUUAUGCAACUGGAGGCAUCGUGAGCAGCGAGGGGCCUGCCCUGGGCAACAUGGAGUCCUAUGAGCCUGCAACCAACACGUGGACCCUCCUGCCCCACAUGCCCUGCCCCGUGUUCAGACACGGCUGCGUAGUGAUAAAGAAGUACAUUCAGAGCGGCUGACAUGGCAGGAAGCCCCGACCAGACUAUGGACAGGUCUGCCGAGGCCAACGCUACACUCACUGGGAAAUUUUCAGCAACCCCGACAAGAGGCCGACGAAACACCAUCAAGGAACUCUCUGCGCUAAACAUUUUGAAUAUUCUCUACAUUGAAUGUAGAAAGCCCUCCUCGCCUUUGGGUGAAUCGGGGGGCCCAGCGCUCCGAGCAGCAGGAACCACGAACUGGCCGGGCUGGGGCCCGCGGGCUCCUGUGGGGGCGCUUGCUCUGAACAGGGGUGCUCGCUCUGCCCAGUGCAAUAGAGUUUCACAUAUUUUUCAACUGGGAGAGAGAAGCUGUUUUUUGCUUCCUGCAGAGCAAGCUUGACCC